AUGGCAACCAUGGUGAACAUGAACAGCCUUCUGAACGGUAAAGACUCGCGUUGGCUGCAACUCGAAGUAUGCAGAGAGUUCCAACGGAAUAAGUGCUCGCGACCUGACACCGAGUGCAAGUUCGCACAUCCUCCGGCCACUGUUGAAGUACAGAAUGGAAGAGUUACUGCCUGCUACGACAGUAUCAAGGGGCGGUGUAACCGAGAGAAGCCACCCUGCAAGUACUUCCACCCCCCGCAGCAUCUUAAGGAUCAGCUGUUGAUUAACGGUCGGAAUCAUCUAGCACUAAAGAACGCCCUGAUGCAGCAGAUGGGCCUUACGCCGGGCCAGGUGCUCCCUGGCCAGGUCCCAGCCGUUGUGGGCGGCGUGAGCGGCGCGGGUGCGGCCGCCAGCCACAUCGCGGCCCUGGACCCGAUCAGUCUCGCCCUGCUCGCCCCGCAGGCAACAUCACCUUACUUAUCGGGUGUGCCCGGAGUGGGCUCGACGUAUGCUCAAUACUAUGCGCCGCAGCUGGUCCCGGCUGUGUUGGGUCACGACCCGUCCGCGGCCGCCGCCUCGCCACUAGGAGUCAUGCAGCAGCCCGUACUGCAGCAGAAACUGCCGCGUACUGACCGUCUUGAGGUGUGCCGGGAGUUCCUGCGCGGCGCGUGCAAGCGGGCCGAGUCCGAGUGUCGCUUCGCGCACCCGCCGCCGCCGGUGGUCGCUCACGACGACGGCUGUGUCACGGUGUGCAUGGACGCCGUCAAGGGCCGCUGCGUCCGCGACCCCUGCCGCUAUUUCCACCCUCCCCUGCACCUGCAGGCGCACCUUAAGGCGCAGGCGCGCGGCGCGAUGGACAUGAAAAGCGUCGGUUCCUUCUAUUACGAUAACUUCGCCUUUCCCGGUGUGGUCCCGUACAAAAGACAAGCCGCCGACAAAGCCGGAGUUCCCGUAUACCAGCCGGCGACUACUUACCAGCAACUGAUGCAGCUGCAGCAGCCAUUCGUGCCCGUGUCAUGUGAGUACCCCGCGCCCGCCUCGUCCGCCCCGCCGGCCGCGGUGACCGCGGUGUCGGGCGCCGCAGGACCCCAGCCGGCGCCCGCGUCCGCGCCGCUCCCCCAGGCCGGCCCGCCGCCCGCCGCGCAGCCCGCUCCUCCCGCGCCCGCCUCGCCUCCCGUCUCCGUCGCCGACGCGGCUGUACCGGACCCCGCCGCCGUCGCCAAAGAGGUCGCUCACAAGAAUUACGCGGCCGCGCUCGCGCUCGCCGCUCAGCACUCCGCCAUGGCGCACGCGGCCGCCGCCUACACCCAGCAGGCGUUCAAGGCCCGCGCCGCCAUGCCGGGGUUGAUGCGCGCUCCGCUCAUGAUGCGGCCGGGUUGGCCCGCGCCGCCCGUGCCCAUGCCCGCCUUCUACCAGCAGCCUUACAUGUACGCGAUGCCCCCGCCCGCGGCUCCUUCCGCGGCGCGCGGCGGCGGCGGCGGCGGCCGCUGCAGUCAACCCCUACAAAAAGAUGAAGACGACCUAAGACGCGCGGGCGGGCCGCGGCCGGAGGGGCGCGGGGUGCGGGGUCUCCGCGUAGAGACUCGUACGUGUGCGAUAGUGUGGCCCUGGCCUGUCGGGGCGUUAGCGCUAGGCGUGUUGUCACAUUUGUAUUGUAUUAUUGUAAGGACGAAGCGAGCGGUUCCCGUCUCGCGGAAGUCUAGGUAG